AUGUCCCUCAUAUACCUCAUCCAUCACCACCACCACAGCCCCUCUUCAUCCUCCUUCUCCACCUCCUAUGCCACAAGUCGAGCGCUAGACUUCUCUGAAUCUGAUGCGCUUCGUGCAAGACUGGGCAGCAUUGUGAGGUCAUCUGCAGCUAGUCUUGCUGGUGGUGCUGAUCUGCUUAUGAUUGAGUACAAUGUUGCGUUCAGCAGCAGCGCUGGUCUUCUCAUGUCAAGUGCCCUAAACAAUUCUGUGUUCGAUGCUGCAUCUAGAAAUAGGCAGCGACCAUCAGACCUUGCUGAUGCUCUUUCACCAACCCUUGAUCAAUAUGACAAAAUGAGUGAAGCAACAGCAGUGCGCACAUCCCCAGAAGUUCAAACGCCCAUAGCACAGGAGAAGGUAGUUCCGGAGUAUUUAAGAUCUGACAGCUAUGGAAACGACGCAAAGAUCAUAACAAACCUCCUGCGUCUUACCAAGGUUGAGAUUGAACCGCUUGCUCAAGUUUAUCAGAUACGCACAAGUAGCAGCCCAAUGAGUGCUGAAGAUGUCUCAAGCUCUUUAGAGGACCAGAAGUCAGGAACUCUUGGUGACUUGAAGAAUGCAGAUUUACUAUCACGUAGCAAUGACAGUCUGAGUGAUAUAUCAGAAGAAGAAACUCCAUCACGAGGGGGUGCAGUUCGGGGGUUUUUCUCACGCAAUGCACCAGAGCGUUUGUCAAAUCUGUUCAAGAGAAGUGUUGACAGUGCUGAUGAAAAGCUCCGUGGAUUCUGGAAAAGGAGUGGCAGUGUCAGUAGAUCAAGUAGUAAAGAUUCUGUGAACCUAGAGCAGGGUGUUUCUGAUUACUUAGAAGGAGGAAGAGAAAGCUCAGCAGAAAAAAGCAGUGGGGACAGAAGCAGUACAGAAAGAAGUAGUGUAGAAAAGGAUGGUGACACAGAUCUUAUCUCUAUAAAACAAACUCCUGAACCCACAGUGGCAGUGGACAAAACUGAGCAAAAACCAGAAACUCCUACAAGCAGUAAACCACAGUCAUUGCUUUUCCCUCCCAGAUCUCCAAAUAUCAACAUUGAUAGAACUCAUAAUAACUAUUCUCCUAUUCCUUCUAGUCCAAUUCGCACUCCAGUCACGGAAAACGAUCCUCUGGGAGCAUUUAGUCCCCAGUCAACAGAAGAGGCAGAUCCCAAAGCUGGGCUGUCUUCCCACUCCAGUAUGACUGCCUCUGUAGUAUCUGAGUCGGCUUCUAGCACUCGUGAGUCACCCUCAAGACACAGCUCCGCCAGUGAUGAUUCAGAAUUGGUAGCACACUUAUCAGGACACCGUGGACAUCGACGCUCAAAUCGACAGGUUGCCAGAAGUGCUACAUUUACUGGCCGUACCAGUCAGGAUCCAGUGAGAAGAUUCCAGCGUUCAUCUAAUUCCCUUUGGGCGUUAUCUUCCUCUCCUAGUCCAACCCAUUCUUCCAGUCCUCAGCAAAGCCGUACCCUCCCUUCUGAUCAUACACAGUCUGAUGACUCUAACUCUGCCCUUAUGUCUGCUACUCCCACCUGGCCAUCCCUAAAGCUGCCAUUCAGUUACAGUAACAGUAGCAGUCGUCUUGGAAUGGCAUCCAACAUGGCCUCCGUCGGGCUGCGACAAGCCACGAAGCAAAUUGAGCAGCUUCGGGCUCAGUACAUUGAUCCUGCUAUGGCUGAUUUGGGCCAGUACAGUAAGAAUGCUUAUCCCUUAAGUUUCUUUAUUCCCAAGAUGAAAAGACUACAGAAUAUGGCAAUUGAAGGCCCUGGCAAUUUUAAUUACCGUAAAAAUGAAUUAAUCUCUGGAGGACUCAGCAGUAUGAAGUCAGCUGUAACAUCUCUCUCCAAGAAGUACAAUGAAAUCAGAGAUGCCAUCACUGCUACCAAUGCCCCUAUGAGAAGUGGUCUACCCAGUUCUCGUAUGGGAGAAGGAGAAGGUGAUGAAGAUAGCCUAGAUGGGUUUUGGAGCAGACGGGAAUCAGCUGAUGUACCAGGCAUGGCUCCAUUGGAUGAUCCAGGUGGCUUCUCCUUUGGAGCAUCUGGGGGUUUGAAUGAAAGUGAUGCCAUAUCAACACAGCAAGAUCUCUUCCCACCAUUAGGCUGGGAUCCUCAGGGGCCUUUCUGUUUAGGCAUCUGGUUGACAUCCUGUACUAGAUGUCACAAUUGUGCAGCUCUUCUCUACGAUGAAGAAAUUAUGGCUGGGUGGAGACCAGAUGACUCUAAUCUCAACACAAAAUGUACCUUCUGUGAGAGAAUGACUGUACCAUUGUUAACAAUCAUAAUAUAUGACUUGCGACAGGAACCUCGGCCAGCUAAGCAGGCAGAGGACUUAUCUUCAGAGUCAGGCAAGUCAACACCAGCACCACCAGGUGCGAAUAGUGAUGCCACUGACAAAGGAGCACCAACAGAAGAUACUUCUAAAGAGGAGCCAAGACCAGAGUCACUUUUAAAAGAUGGUGUUGGCAUCUUAUUGCAAAAGAAGGGGGUCCGUUGUGAGCCCAUCACUAUACCAUACUUGAGCCCGUUGGUUUUACGGAAAGAGCUAGAAACAGUCCUUAGUCAUGAGGGGGAUGUUUGCCUUAAUAACACAGAUUUCACCGAUCAUCAUCCUAUUCUUUAUUGGAAUUUGCUGUGGUAUUUUUGUCGUUUACGAGUCCCCAGUCAUCUUCCGGGUUUGUGCUUAACUGCAGCUAGUGUUACAAGAGAUCGAACGCCCCAUCCUUCUUGGGAAGGAGCUGACUGGCAAAAUGUGUACAUCAAAUGUUUGUGGGACAAUACAAAAUAUCAUGAAGAGCUUGGCCAACCCAUGUACAUUCAGUGGCAGCAAGAUAAACAGCCCUCGCAAUUAGUGUCUGCGUUAGUCAGAGAACGUACCAAAGUUCCAAGGGAUGUUAUGCAGAGUGUGAUAACUGCCAUACACAUGGAUGACUUGAGUACAGCAAUGAAACUUAUGCUUCAAGAAUUGAGAAAAAGACCCUCCAAUUUAAGACGGAAUCACUUCCCCAUUUAUCGUGAUCUUCUGUUCCUCGCAUUUUCCUGUAUACCCCCUGCUCAGCUUAAUCUAACAUCAUUUGAUCGUGAGUAUCGACGUGCUUAUGAACGAAAUGAACAAGCUAACAGCAAGUUACUUUCUCGUUCUGAUGCCCCUCCCCCUAUUGCUGCCGUCUUCUGCCGUCGCUACUUCAGUCAGCUUAGCCUGUGAUACUAGUGGUCAAUUAUGUGACCUUUUCGAUUUGAUCUUGGGAAUUUUCCUUAUGGGACCUGCACAUUGACAUCCCAGCAGACUCCCAGUUCUUACAUUUUGAGAGAAAACAAUAAAAAACAGAGUCUGGAAGUCAGUGCAUGGAAUCUCCAGUGCCAACAGAAUGGUUCUGUUUUUAGUUAUUAGAUCGUGCGUUUUCUUUCGUGAAAGAAAAUAAGUGGUAAGGAAGACUUUUGGGGCUAUCUUUUUUAUUUUUUUUUUAAUUUUUUUUGCCACUAAUUCUUCUAAAACUGCAUCAUAUGAGCUUGCCCCUCCAAGUUGUCAAGUGUGUUCUAGUUUGAACAUUUCUUUACUUAGUACUCAAUGUGUGGAACACAUGUGAGGAGUUGUGUGAGGGUUUCCAGUGUAGCUUUUUUUUUGUCAUGAGGAGAAAAAAUUUUAAAUGUGUGUGAUUCAAGUAGUGAUGUGUGGAUGAUGCAAGAAUGUGACAAUGUAUUUGAAGGGUUAUUUAUUUUUUCUCACUUUUGUUUUCUUUUAAACUUUUAGCAGUUUUCACAAAGGUAAAUCCAAGGAGUUCUUGAAACCUUUUGCAUUUGGUUGAAAGACAUUCCUAAAAUUUAUUUUCUUGAUUUCUUCCCAACUGUGAAUGUGAUAUGAUUUGUAUCUGCAUUAAGAUCACACCAUUUGAAUAUGAAUCAUGCCUUAGUCAUCCCAUAUUUUACUGUAUAUUUAGUGAAUUUCUAAGUCAUUACCAAAAAACUUAAAAAUGCAUAAUAUUUGAAUAAUGGAAACUGGCAGAAGAUAUAGCAGAUCAGUUUAUAUUUUUAUAGGUUUUGAUUAUUUCAUAAUAAGAUGUGAAAAAAUAAUGAGAGUUACAUGCUAAGUGUGGCCCUUAUUGCUUUUUUGUAUGCUUCCAGAGAAUUACAAGCAAUUUAAUGUCAAGAAAUUUCCACUCAUAUUUUGCAGAUACCUCUGCUGAAGUGCUUGUGAUGAUCAGUUUUAACUGGUGUUGCUUUGAUUUUAUAUCGAAAUCCUCUUUUCAUAGCCACCUACAUUUUUUAAUUUUUCACAUUCAUCUAUGUGACUUUAAAAGUAAGAUAUUUGCUUUGUAAAAUGGACUGUAUGUUUUUGAACCCAAUAAGAGCAUAUCUUACAUUUAGUAACAAAAUUUGAAAAAUUUUGUCACCAACUUUUCAACUUUCUCUCCUAUUCUUUUGAUUUUUAAAGCUCUCAUUGUUUUGUUUUUUUAAAAACUGAUCCAAGGGCAGCUGACAAAUAUUAAGACCUUGACAGAGGUAAAGUCAUACGUACAUCAGUAUUUUUUGUAAAAAAUUUCAAUGCAUGAUACUGUUCGAGAGUUUUUGUGAUAAAGACAACAGAUUUUUAUUAUACAGUGCUUUUGCAGCUGUGUUCCCUAAUGGCCCUUAAAGCCAAACCUCCUUAUGCAGGCAGAAUACCCUCAUGAAAUGACAAAGCAUAUACGUACUGAACAUUGCAACUUUUAGUAAGGGAUGUUUCAGUGAAUGUAUUUUUUAAAAAUUAUAAGCUGUUUGUAAAUUUUUUAUAAUCAUGGAAAGUAUUUUGUACUUUUGCACAUUUUGUGUUGAAGAAAUUUUGCUUAAUUAUGCAAUGCCUUAGGCUGUAAGGCAAAAGUCACCUAAUGUAAGAUGUACACACACACACACACACACACACACACACACACACACACACACACACACACACACACACACACACACACACACACACACACAC